AUGUCGUUCUCCGUUUUCUCCAAAUUCCCCUCAUCUCGCAGACUUGCACGUCUUCCCCGAGUGCUCGCUGCUUCCCCCAGAUGUGCCCCAAGCCACAGGGCGUUUAGCGCUGUUUCUAGACAGUCGUCCUUCUCGCCUAGGGCUCAGCUCAACCGGACGGGUGCCUCUCUGCAGCGGUAUUCCACCGCAACAUUGCCGACCGGCCUUGAGGUUGAGAUCACUGCACCAAACGGCCAGACCUGGUUGCAGCCGCAGGGCCUGUUCAUCAACAAUGAAUAUGUCAAGAGCAGCACGGGCGACACGGUCGUGACCAUCAACCCCACCACCGAGGAGGAAAUCUGCGCUGUUUAUGCCGCAUCGGCCAAGGAUGUCGACACGGCCGUCAAGGCGGCCCGCAAGGCCUUCCGCGACCCGUCGUGGAAGAAGCUGUCGGGCACCGAGCGCGGCAAGCUGCUGUACAAGCUGGCUGACCUGGCCGAGAAGAACGCCGAGAUCCUGGCCACGAUCGAGACGCUUGACAACGGCAAGCCGUACAAGACGUCGCUCAACGACAGCGUGACUGAGUUUGUUGACACGCUUCGCUACUAUGCCGGCUGGGCCGACAAGGUCCAGGGCAACGUCAUCGACGUCGGGCCCAACAAGAUGGCCUUUACCGUCCACGAGCCGCUGGGCGUUUGUGGCCAGAUCAUCCCCUGGAACUUCCCCCUCGAGAUGGCCGCCUGGAAGCUGGGUCCGGCUCUCGCCUGCGGCAACACCAUCGUGCUCAAGCUGGCCGAGCAGACCCCGCUGUCGAUGCUGUACAUGACCAAGCUCAUCAAGGAGGCUGGCUUCCCGCCCGGCGUUAUCAACGUUAUCAACGGCUACGGCCGUGAGGCCGGUGCCGCCCUCUCCCAGCACGAGGACGUCGACAAGAUCGCCUUUACCGGCAGCACGGCCACCGGUCGAGAGAUCAUGAAGAUGGCCGCCAGCAACCUUAAGAACGUCACACUUGAGACCGGUGGCAAGUCGCCGCUGCUCGUCUUCUCAGACGCUGAUCUCGACCUGGCUGCCACUUGGGCCCACUCGGGCAUCAUGUACAACCAGGGCCAGAUCUGCACGGCCACGUCGCGCAUCCUCGUCCACUCUUCCGUUCAUGACCGCUUCGUCGAGCUGUUUAAGGCCGCCGUCUCCGAGGUCUCCAUCGUCGGUGACCCCUUCCACGAGGAUACCUUCCAGGGUCCCCAGGUCACCCGUGCCCAGUAUGAGAACGUGCUCCGGUUCGUCCAGGUCGGCCAGGACGAGGGCGCCACCCUUGUUAUGGGCGGUCGUCCCAAGGGCGGCCCGUUGGCACACGAUGGCCACACAAACAAGGGCUUCUUCGUCGAGCCGACCGUGUUCACAGAUGUGACGCCGAACAUGACCAUUUUCCGCGAGGAGAUCUUCGGACCUUGUGUGGCUAUUGCCAAGUUUGAGACUGAGGAGGAAGCUUUGGAAAUGGCCAACGACUCAACGUACGGCCUAGGUGCUGCCGUCUUCACCCGCAACCUGACCCGGGCUCACCGCGUGUCCCGUGAGAUCGUUGCUGGCAUGGUGUGGAUCAACAGCAGCAAUGACAUUGACUUCCGCGUGCCGUUUGGCGGUGUCAAGCAGUCUGGUAUCGGCCGGGAACUCGGCGAGGCCGGCCUGGCGGUGUACAGCACGUCGAAGAGCAUCCACAUCAACAUGGAGGCGAGCUGA